AUGGUGGUCGGUCAACAGCUUCCGGAACAGUACACUGUACCACAACUAGCCAAUUUCUUUCACAGUCUACCACAUCUCAAUGUUUCGUUCCAUUUGGUUAACAACACCUUUAAUCCUGGCUCUGAUAUAUAUCUCGAGAGUCUGGGAAUCCUGGGGAGCAUUCCAGCUGCCUGGUUGAUCUUGACGCUACUAGUAUUGUUAGUUUACCUCGUAACAAGAUGUUGCGAUCGAAAACCUCGGCCCAGAAGAUCGAUAACGCUAUUAAAGUGUUUGCUGGCCAUUUUGGCGGUUCUCUGUUCCGGCGCAGUCGCAGUGGGACUCUACGGGAACGACGAUGUUCACAACGGGCUCGUACAGUUUUUGGACGCUGCCAAAAAGAUUGAUAUGAGUAUAGUGUCUGUGAAAAACCAAACCGAGACGAUAGAUUCGGUUCUUAGGAAAAAUUUGAGACCCUCAUUGACCUCCUUGGGCGACUAUUUGGACACUCCGGUUGCCAAUGGGACUGCUUUCAAGUAUAUGAUGGUGAUUUGGAAACAGGUGACGGACAACACCUCAAUCGCGGUGGAACGCGGUGCGGAACUCAAGAAACACUUGUGCUGCAUUAAUAUUGGAUCUUCGAUCGCCGUUGUUGACAAAAUUGAAUUCUUCAGGUGGCCGGUGACUAUGGCUGUACUCAGCGCUCUGCUUGUACUGUGUGUGGUUCUGCUGGUCGGAGUCGCGCGACAUUCUCGCUGUGCCCUCAUUACGUUUUCUGUAUUUGGCCUGUUUGCCGUCAUAGUAUCAUGGUUAAUGGCUUCACUGUACCUGGCAACGUCAGUAGCCCUGGGCGACCUCUGCGUCUCACCUGACAGUUAUUUAAUGAAAAACAGCCCCACCGUGAUGGUCAGCGAAGUACUUAAUUAUUACAUGCGCUGUGAAAGCACCCAGAACCAUCCGUUUACUCAACGAUUACGAGAAGGACAAAUGGCUGCUGGGUUCAUGCUAUCGAGUUUGAAUGCAGUCGAAACUAUCGCAUAUGAACUCUACGACAAACCGACCCUGCAACCGAAGCUCCAAAGCCUCAAGGACACCGUCAUAGAUAUCAACGGAAGUAUGUCACGCUUGACGGCUCUUCUCGAUUGCAAGCCUCUUCACAAGGAAUAUAUUCGAGCUGCCCAAGGUCUUUGUCAUCUUGGACUCUAUGGUCUGACUUUCAUGCUUCUGGCUAGUCUUGCUGCUGGACUGUUUUUUACAAUUUUAGUCUGGGUCGAUUCUCAUACCUGGAUUUAUAUCAGAAAACGAAGGGAUUACUCUCAAGUUGACGAGCAGGAUCCAUUUUUGCCGCCGUCAGCAGCGUCGCAGGCGAUCGCAGCCAGGACUCUCCGUGGCCAAGGGUCGUACCCGCCUACAGCCCCUUCUCUUAAUCCAAAUUCUCAUGGCACGAAUAAUACAAUUAAGCAGCCUCUUCUGCUAACGCCGCCCCCGCCAUCCUACGCUACCGCAACAGCUCGAGCACGUCAGCUGCACGAGAGCAUGUUAAAAGGUGGGGGUGUUAACGGGAGUGGAGGGAUCGGAGAUCACAAACUGUCUCAGCAUAAUCAGCAAUCGGCAAGUGGACGAACUGAGCACCGUUCUGGGCACGGAGAUCAACCUGGUCAGUACGCAACUUUAAGGAGGGAACCUCCUUGGACUCCAAGUGUGGCGUCCUUCACCGGUACAAUGUCUCAUAACUCCCACGGACCUUCCCACCUAGCGACUUUUCAAGACUCUCGCAAGACCCAGACGCUGGACCCAAAGAAUCUCGCAAACCUAAAACGAGGACCGACCCCAGCUUGGAACCAGAAUCGACCACUGCCUCCAAACCCAAGUCAGCCAUCCUGGGAGUUUGAAUCGCGGUCGCAGACCAACAUGAACCAGUUCCGGUCAUUGAUGAAGAACAAGACGCCGAACAUCAGAGUUCAGGACCAAGUUCAGGACCAAGUAAGAACUCUCGACCGAAACUUCUCUCGCGGGCAGUUCAAUGGUGCAGCUCCCAACAACGUCGUUCCUAAUAUGUACGGAACUUACAACCGCGCUCAAGCGCGCCAGGAAAAGGCCUCCGCUAUUCCAACUCUCAGCCAGGUCCAAGGUAGCGAUCCCAACCUUUACGCUGUUACGGAGUUAUAA